UUCAGAAUGUGCUCACUCAGAGCUCCCCCUUGAAAGAGAACACCCGUGAAGUAAGGCGGCGGAAAACAAACCAGUAUACACAGCUCCGAGUUCCCCAUAAACGAGGAAGGGCAGAGGGGAUGGCGUCCGGCCUUCCAUGAGCUCUUGCUGCCCAGUGGGGGCGAUGAGUGGGAAAGGGAAGCUGAGGCGGGCUGCACGUUCCUUCCCAGGUCACUCUGAAGAUCCCAGCAGCAGUGCCAGCAGCGCCAGCAUCCCUAUCUUGCUACCGGAACAUCAGAACGCUGACGCAAAUGGGUUAACUCGGCUGUGGAAGAUCAUCCUAAGUAUAAUAUUUAUACUGACUUUUCUUCUCGUUGGGCUCCGAAAUCAUCAGUGGCUUAAAGAAACAGCGAUUCCUCAGAAAUACAGACAAUUACAUGCCAUAUUUGCAGAAUAUGGUAGAAGGCUUUAUCAUUACCAGGCCAGAUUUCGCAUGCCCAAAGAACAGCUGGAACUUCUAAAGAAGGAAAGCCAGACUCUGGAGAACAAUUUUCGUGAGAUUCUAUUUCUAAUUGAGCAAAUGGACAUGCUGAAGGCGUUGCUCAGGGACAUGAAGGAUGGCACACACAGUGACAGCGGGAGUGGCCCCAGGGAUGUCGCCCGGGAUCAGCACAGCCCUGAGGGGCCUCCAUUGUUGAAUCUGAAACCUCGGAAAGUUACAUAAAUAAUAAGACAAAACUGUACUGGCAUGGGAUAGGGUUCCUAAAUCAUGAAAUGCCUCCAGAUAUUAUUCUUCAGCCAGAUGUCCACCCUGGAAAGUGCUGGGCCUUUCCGGGUUCCCAGGGUCACAUCCUAAUCAGGCUUGCCCGGAAGAUCAUCCCAAUGUCUGUCACCAUGGAGCACAUCUCAGAGAAAGUGUCACCAUCAGGAAACACCUCCAGUGCACCCAAGGAGUUUUCUGUCCAUGGCCUUUUGAAAAGAUGUGAAGGAGAAGAAAUUUUCCUGGGUCGGUUCAUCUAUAACAAAACAGAAGCCACCGUCCAGACGUUUGACCUACAGCGUGAAAUUUCUGAAUCCUUAUUAUGUGUGAGACUGAAAAUCCUUAGCAACUGGGGACACCCACACUAUACCUGUUUGUACCGGUUCAGGGUUCACGGCAUCCCCAGCGAUCACACCUAGAGGAGCUGGGGCCAAAGACAGUGACCACACGUCCAGCACUUUGUAAGAUUUGUAAGAUUCUUAGUCGCUAGAUUACACCCCACCCUUAGGAAUCAAAAAUGGGGAGAGGGGAGAAACCUCAAGUGGUUCCUAUUUGCCAGUAAAAAGUAAUGAAUUUUACUAAUAAAAAUAUGAAAGUAAAUUC